GGAAUUUAUCGUCGGAAACGAGUAGAGAUGGCUUCGAAAGAAGGUAGCAGGAUAUUCGUCGGUGGGUUAUCUCCCGACGUGACUGAAAGAGAACUUGAGAGAGCUUUUAGCCGUUUCGGGGAGAUUCUCGAUAGCCAGAUGGAUGAUUUAGUGGUGAAUGGUGAUUUUGAUCAGACAACACGGGUAAAGUUGAGAGUGUGCUCUGUGUUAGAAAAACCUAUCUAAGACUACGAGUAUAUGGAACACAGAACUGUUUGAGCCUCUGAGCGAAGUGAUCUUCAGGGUAUUGGAAUUUGGUUUUCUCGGCGCCACAGACCCAUUACCGAUCACUUUUAGAUUCUUCUGUGAUGAUAAAGGUCAUUACCUACUCAGGAAGAUUCAGUUGUUUUCAGAGCUAACUACUUGCUGCAUGACAGAAGUAUCCAGCGAAAUUGGUCUGUGCUGACAGGUUUCUGAAGUGUACUGUACUAAUACUGGGUUAUGGUUGCCUUCUUCCAAAUUAUCUUUGUCUUUUGUAUUUUCUAAGUUGAUCUUCUGAUCAUUCGCCAUUUAGGGAAAAAAAGUGUGUUUUUUCACAUUGAUUACUAGAUGGGGCGAGACACAUGAUUGUAUGUGUGUAAGAUGCUCCAAUUAGGGAAAUGUUCUUCUUGCCCUUCAGGUAGAUGAAGCUGUGUUUUCACCUGAAGAAACUCUGCAUAUGUCCAAGUAUUACCUUUGUGUUCCUUGCUAAGGCCAGUUCCGCAUCUCAGCUGUAUAGCUUCAGUGGAUUACCCUUUUCCCCGAGACACAUCAAGCCUUAGCUCUAGCUGUUUAAGUACUUGAGCAUAGUAUAAACUUCAGUCAGAAAGAUUACACACAAUUGAUGCAGACCUCCUUCUCGAUCCUGACAUGUGUUCCGCAUCUCAGCUUUCUAGAUUCAGUGGAUUGCUUUCACCGCAUGUGGAGUCUAAUAGUUUUGUUGGUUGUCCUAACUUGUGUUUUUGUCAGUCCGUUCUCCUUCUCAAUCUUAACAUGUGUUCCUACUUAAAGAUUUUGAGCAAGUCGACCACCUACACCUUUGUGCCUGGACCAUUUCUCUGCAUGCACUAAUCUUCGGUGAGAGCCUUUGGGACCAAAAGUAGCUAUUUGUCUGGGAUGGUAACCUACUUACUGAUUUGGGUGACAUGUUAAAGAUUUGGUUAGCUCCAAUAGUUCUGAACAACUUGAGCUUGGAACUUAAGGAGUUUACCUUAUGUUGAAAAUGGAUGUUUAACCAGGGAAGAUUUUAGCUUUAAACUAUUGGACCAUUAACUUCCUUCAGCCUGUAGAACCUUCCCAUCGAUUUCGUAACUCUUUCCCUGGCUGUUAAGACUAGAGAAUUGAAUGUGAGAUCGAAUUUGCGCCUUUUGACGCUUAAGUGUGCUCUUGUGUUCUUCUAGUUGUCAUUUUGAGUUGGAAAACGUUUCUGUGGUGCAUGCUGCUUCUGCUGCAGAUCGGAGAUUUGCUUAGAAGAUGUUUCAGUUUCUGGUGAUCUCGGGUUUUUGUAUCAGUAUUUUAUGAUCACCAGGGGAGGUUGGUAUACUAUGCAAACGACAGGAACAUGUGGUGUUGCAGAAAAAAUAGAACAGCUGGGGUUUUUUUCUUGAUGUGACCUGACCAGUGCUAGAUAUGAUCUCUGGGAUUAUUGUGUGCCUUUACAAUUUUGACAGUGCCCUUCUGCUCAGUUUUUGCUACAAGUAUGCAUAAAGUAUGUAGGAAUCAGCUUUAAUGGUGUGUUGUGUAUAGAUCAUGCUGGAAAGGGAUACAGGCCGAUCACGUGGAUUUGGGUUUAUCACUUUUGCUGAUCGUCGGGCUAUGGAUGAUGCCAUUAGAGAGAUGCAUGGGAGGGACUUUGGUGAUCGAGUCAUUUCAGUGAACAAGGCUGAACCCAAGAUGGGCCGAGAUGAUGUGGAAAGCCAUGGCGGCUACAGGGGUGGCGGCAGCUACUUAUCAGCUGGAAAAGGAAACUAUGGCGGAGGUGGAGUAGGUGGCCGAGUAGCUGAUGAUGAAUGCUUCAAGUGUGGAAGGGUUGGCCAUUGGGCUCGUGACUGUCCCUCUGCUGCUUCUGGUGGCCGAGGUGGACCUGUUGGUGCAUUCUCGUCCCGUGGUAUGUUUGGAGGCUCUGCUAGCCGUGUGGACCGUUAUGGUGACCGUGUGGACCGCUAUAUGGAUCGGGAACGAUACAUUGAUGAUCGGUAUGACAGCUCCCGACUCGGUGUCAGAGACCGGUUUGACAGUAGGGAUGCCUACAUUGGCCGUGACCGUUACGCCAAUGACAGGUACGAGCCACCGGCAGAUCGCUUUGCGGGUGACAGAUAUGGCGGGAGGUCUGACCGUUACCCUGUAAACGGCUAUGAGAAAGCACGACCCUAUGACAGGGACGUCGGCCCGAGAGCAGGCAGCGACAGGUACGGAGCUGGAGUCAGGGGACCGAUGCGGGACGAGGGAAGAGGGUUCCGCAAUAGGGCCGGUCCUUAUGACCGCCCGAGCCGAGGUGGUGCGCCGCCAUCCUCGUCGUCGUUCGACCGUUACUAGGGCUGUAGUGUAACUCGGAUGGUUGUUAGGUUAAACUUGGUAGCGCAACUGCGAAUGCGGCCCGUCCUGUGGGGGUUGUAAAGAUUUUUUCUCCAUAGGCUUUAUUUUCAGAACCCUUUGGUUUAUUGGUGCCUCCCUUUGCUUUCC